UAUGCGGUUCAUUUGCAGUGCAGCGCCAUGUUCAUCAAAAUCGUUCUCGUACUCGUAGGUUUGGUUUGCGCCAAGGCUGCUGUCAAUAUUGGAGGAAAAGAAUACUUUUUUUCGACGGAUGAGCUCACGUGGUCUAAAGCAUCUGAGGCAUGUCACGGACUGCAAAUGAAAAUGCUGGCGAUCGAGUCUGAAGAGGAAAACACGGCGAUUUUUGAUUACGUCAGUGCGAAUGGACUUGGAAACACCUAUCACUGGACCGGUGGCAAAGAACUAAACGACACCGCAACGACAGAUGGUAUUUGGACCUGGGUUGACCUCGAGCUGCCCUUUGGCUUCACUGACUGGGCGGGCAGCCGUCCUAACCCCUUCGCAAGGCACUUCUGUGUGUACCUCUCGUCUUGGUCAUUUUCCAACUAUUGGUUGGACGGAGACUGUGGAGCAAUUGAAAAAUACAUUUGUGAAGCAUAUUAAACCGCAAUAAUAAUGUUAAUAAUAAUUUAUGUUGAUAUUCCCUGGUAAAUAAAAUUAAAUAUACAGACUUUUUCUUUAA